UCCGAAGACACUCCUUUGAUCUGGGCUGCAGAAAUGGGUAGUGUAUCCUGCGCCAAGCUACUUCUUGAUGCAGGAACGGAUCCAAACGCAGUUGAGUGGGACGGGUGGUCAGCUCUGCAUCGAGCAGCGAGAAAUGGACAUCUGGAAAUAACUAAGCUGUUGCUUCAUCACAAAGCAAAAUUGGAGCAACAGGAUGGCAAGGCCCUCAUGCCAUUAGAUUGGGCUGCAGGAAGUGGGCAU